UCGUGCUAGUCUUCCGCUGUCCCAAUUUUUGGGCCUUGACACAAGCCAAGUCCAACUUUUUUGGGCCCAAUCAAUAUAUUUGGGUCCAUAACUACCUUCUCAGCUUUACCACGAGGGAGGAGCCGCCGGCCGUCUGUUCGUACCAGCAGCCGGAGGAAUCAGUUGACGGAGGUGCUUGACCUCUCUCUACUGAUUGCGCCUUGAUUUGUCUAUUUGUCGGCCGAACUCACUGGGAUUUGAGAGAUGGGACGUGAAUGGAAGUCGAAGGAAGAGGCAAAGACGACGAAGAAGAAAGGCAUUUGUGGCAGUUGGAGGAGGAACUCCUAUUCCCUCUUCGUCAGCCUCCCGAGGUCUUCCUUCUCACUCGUCCUAAUUCUUUCCCCUAGAAGUAAUAAUGGAGAUAUAGUAUAAUCUGAAUAGAAAGGCAGUUCGAGAUAUUUUCCUACUGUUUCCGGACUGGCGUCUCUAUUUAAGAAUAAUAUGGUCAGAGCUAGCUUCUUGCUGCGGGAAGGUUUCGUUCCGCCCAUGCGACUCCGGAUACGUAGCAUUAUACCCCGCCGGAGCGUGCGAUUCCGCUCCUAUGUAGCCGUACCAUCGUCGGAAAUUUCGGCUAGUUUUUCACGCUCCAAGCUUUGUGCUACCGUUUCUCUAGCAGACCACCCGAAUCCGAAUGUAUCCUGCUUCCAGCAAAAGGGGUUCUCCCAAAUCACGAGAGAAGUGACUGGCAAAGCGUUGCAUGCGCUUUGCAUCAAGGGUUUAAUCAAUCUGGGUGGGUUUUACAACAACACUUUGAUUAAUAUGUACUCCAGGUUUGGUCACAUUGGCCACGCUCGCUAUGUGUUCGAUUCAAUGCCUGAGAGAAAUGAGUCGUCUUGGAAUAACCUGAUGUCUGGAUAUGUUCGGGUGGGGAUGUAUGGGGAGGCAUUAGAUUUCUUUCGUGAAAUGAGGGAUGUUGGUAGUAAGCCAAGCGGGUUCGCUAUUGCUAGUCUGGUGACUGCUUGUGACAGGUCGGGGUGCAUGUUUAGGGAAGGGAUUCAGGUCCAUGAUUUCGUCCUUAAGUCAGGAUUUCUGUCUGAUGUUUUUGUGGGUACUUCGCUUGUGCAUUUCUAUGGAACGUAUGGCCUGGCUAGUAAUGCCAUGCGGCUGUUUGAAGAGAUGCCUGAUAAGAAUGUGGUCUCUUGGACAGCAUUGAUGGUUGCAUUUACAGAUCAUGGAGAUCCCGAGGCAGUGAUGAAACUUUACCUGCGAAUGAGGAAUGAAGGGGUGGGUUGCAACAGCAACACAUUGGCCUCUGUGAUUAGCUCUUGUGGAUCACUUGAGGAUGAAAUGCUGGGUCUUCAGGUUCUUGGACAUAUCAUGAAGGCUGGACUGGAAACUGAUGCUUCUGUAGCAAACUCUCUCAUAUCGAUGUUUGGAAAUUAUGGGAGAGUACAAGAGGCUAGUUAUAUCUUUGGAUGCAUGAAUGAGCGUGACAUAAUCUCAUGGAACUCGAUUAUCACAGUGAAUGUACAUAAUAGUUGCCAUGAAGCAGCACUGACAUAUUUGAAUUGGAUGCGUCGUGAGCAUGGAAAAUUAAAUUAUACUACUCUUUCAGCUUUGUUAUCUGGAUGUGGCUCAGCUGACUAUUUAGAGUAUGGACGAGGAAUUCAUUGUUUGGCUACUAAAAUGGGGCUGGAUUUACAUGUUUUUGUAGGGAACAGCCUUAUAGGUAUGUAUUCUGCCGCCAGCAUUCCUGAAGAUGCAGGAAAAGUAUUUUCCAGUAUGGGACACAGGGAUUUGAUUUCAUGGAAUUCUAUAAUGGUCUGCUAUGCUGAGAACAGGAAGUGCACUGACGCCUUGAAGAUAUUUAACCAUAUUUGUUACGGAAUAAAGGUAAUUGACCAUGUUACGUUUACAAUUGCAAUUGGUGCUUGUGCUGAUCCAGAGUUUGUUAGUUUAGGCAAGGUGCUUCAUGGCAUUACAAUCCUUACAGGCUUAGAUGAAAACGUGAUAGUUGGCAAUUCACUGGUCACCUUGUAUUGCAAGUCUGGUUUGAUGACUGAAGCAAGAAAGGUAUUUCAAACAUUGCCUAGGAGGGAUGAAGUGACUUGGAAUGCACUCAUUGGAGGUCAUGCGGACAAUGAAGAAGCGGAAAAAGCUAUUGAAGCUUUUAAACUGAUGAGAGAACAGAGUAUGGGCAUAUCCUACAUAACUAUCGCCAAUGUUCUAGGUGCUUGCACGACUGCUAUUGAUCUAUUGGAACACGGGAUGGCCAUUCAUUCCUAUAUAGUUCAGAAAGGGUUCGGAUCAGAUGAAUAUGUUCAAAGCUCUCUUAUUUCAAUGUAUGCCAAGUGUGGUGAUAUCGACUCGAGUUGCCGUAUCUUUGAUGCAAUACCUAACAAGAAGAAUGCUGCAUGGAAUGCUCUUAUAGCAGCAAGUGCUAAACAUGGGUAUGCUGAAGAAGCUUUGAAACUUCUUAUCAACAUGAAACGUGAUGGAAUCAGAUUGGAUCAGUUUGGCAUAUCUGAAUGUGUUGCUGCAACUGCACAGCUGGCGGUAUUGGAAGAAGGCCAGCAGCUUCAUGGUUUGGCAGUCAAACUGGGUCUGGACUCUGACCCUUUUGUUGCAAAUGCAACUAUGGACAUGUAUGGAAAAUGUGGAGAGAUAGAGGAUGCACUAAGAACUAUUGCUCGACCUAUCGAUAGGUCAAGGUUAUCUUGGAAUAUAUUGAUAUCAUCGUUUGCCAAGCAUGGGCACUUUGAGAAGGCCAUCAAAACCUUUCACGAAAUGCAAGAGCUCGGAGUAAAACCAGAUCAAGUCACUUUUGUUUCACUUCUUUCUGCAUGCAGCCAUGGGGGGCUUGUGGAAGAAGGUCUUAGGUACUACUAUUCGAUGACAAAGGAGUUCAAUAUUCCCCCAAGAAUUGCACAUUGUGUCUGCAUGAUCGACCUCCUUGGAAGAUCUGGAAGGCUUACUGAAGCUGAAACUUUCAUCAAGGAAAUGCCAAUUCCACCAUCGGACUUUGUUUGGAGGAGUCUGUUGGCAGCAUGCAAGGUCCAUGGGAACCCAGAACUCGGGAGAAAAGCUGCUGAAAAUCUCAUAGCCUUAGACCCAUCAGACGAUUCAGCAUACGUUCUUUAUUCCAACGUUUGUUCAACAAGUGGCAGAUGGGGAGAUGCAGAGAAAGUAAGGAGUCAGAUGGGAUCACGAAAAGUACAGAAGCAGCCGGCCUGCAGUUGGGUUAAGUUGAAGAACCAGGUGAGUUCAUUUGGAGUUGGUGAUAACUCCCACCCUCAGUCGCCUGAGAUAUACAAGAAGCUGGAUGAGCUGAAGAAGAGGAUAAUAGAAGCUGGGUAUGUCCCUGAUACAAGCUAUGCAUUGCAAGAUACGGAUGAAGAACAAAAAGAGCAUAAUUUGUGGAACCAUAGUGAAAGAUUGGCGCUUGCAUUUGCCUUGAUCAAUACUCCCGAGGGUUCGACUCUCAAAGUUUUCAAGAACCUUCGUGUUUGUGGGGAUUGCCAUUCUGUUUUCAAAUUUGUGAGUGGGAUUCUUGGGCGGAAAAUUAUACUGCGGGAUGCUUUUCGCUUUCAUCACUUUGCUGGUGGGAACUGUUCUUGCUCUGACUACUGGUGAUACGAAGUAGCACGGUCGUUCACUGUUGGAAGAUUUCAGAGGCAGUUAACCGUCCAGUUCGUGGAGAAUCACGUGGACAUCCAUUUGUACUGGGCUGGCAAACACUACUUGUUUCGUUCCUGCUCAAGGUGUGUAUGGGCCUUCUAUUUCAGCAAUCAGUGCUUUUCCAGGUAAAAUAUGCCAAAGGUUUAUCUCUUCGCUCGUCAAGGAUUAUAGCAGGGCUAAAUUAAGAGUUAUAAAUUGUAUUGCAGUCAGAUCCCCUACCAACAAUGGCGACAAUCCUCCAAGCACAGAUAGCGGAAAUGAUAAUACAACAGGGAUGAUUGCUGGGAUUGGCAUAGCCGCCCUGGUAGGCUGGUACCAUGCUCAUUGUUAGAAGAGACUUUGAAGAUGAAGGUAAUCACCCCUCGAACCACAUCCACCAACACAUUUGGCAAAGGUACUUCAGAUACCAGCAAUUCCACUUCAUCGACGAGUACAUCAAUGGUGGUCGAUCCUGAUAUUUCUCCACUCCGAAGCCAUGCUUCUUGGGAUCAGUGGAGAAGGUAGGUAGAUAGAUAGAUGAACAGAUCGAAAGCUGCAUUGGAGGUUAACGUGAAGGUUGUAUUCCAUGGCCAUGCUGUGAUUUUUUUAAGAAGAUUGGGGUGUGAACUCUGAAUAGUACCAAGUCUCUACCUGAUGAUAUUUGGGCUAGUAACUUGGGCUUU